CCGAGACAGUGCUGCCUCGUCGGCUUCCUCUCGCCGCACCCAUCGAUAUCCAUCUCCAUCUCAUCUCGCCACCCAAAACCCUAAACCUCCCUCCCAUUUCCGCCGCCGCCGCCAUGCAGUCGCUUGCCCUCACCUCCCCCUCCCUUCCGGCGCCGGCGACCGCAUCCGGCCGCCGCCGCCGCCGCCUGGAGCGCAUCCGCGCCACCGCGGUGUCCGACGAGCCGAAGCUGAACAAGUACAGCGCGCGCAUCACGGAGCCCAAGUCGCAGGGGGCGUCGCAGGCGGUGCUCUACGGCGUGGGGCUCACCGACGCCGACCUCCGCAAGCCGCAGGUGGGCGUCUCCUCCGUCUGGUACGAGGGCAACACCUGCAACAUGCACCUUCUCCGCCUCGCCGAGGCCGUCAGGGACGGCGUCCGCGAGGCCGGCAUGGUGGCCUUCCGCUUCAACACCGUCGGGGUCAGCGACGCCAUCUCCAUGGGCACCCGGGGCAUGUGCUACAGCCUCCAGUCGCGCGACCUCAUCGCCGACAGCAUCGAGACCGUCAUGGGCGCGCAGCACUACGACGCCAACAUCUCCAUUCCUGGAUGCGACAAGAACAUGCCAGGAACAAUAAUGGCAAUGGGGCGGCUGAACCGACCAAGUAUCAUGAUAUAUGGUGGAACUAUUAAGCCUGGUCAUUUUCAGGGUAAUUCUUAUGACAUAGUAUCUGCUUUCCAGUGCUAUGGAGAAUUUGUUACCGGAUCAAUCAGUGAUGAGCAAAGAAAGAAUGUGCUCCGCAACUCAUGCCCAGGAGCAGGUGCGUGUGGUGGUAUGUACACCGCAAAUACAAUGGCAUCCGCCAUCGAGACCAUGGGUAUGAGCCUUCCGUACAGUUCUUCAACCCCUGCUGAAGACCCACUAAAGCUAGAGGAAUGCCGUCUUGCUGGGAAGUAUCUUUUAGAAUUGUUAAAGAUGGAUUUGAAGCCUAAAGACAUUAUCACUGAGAAAUCUUUGCGGAACGCAAUGGUCAUUGUCAUGGCACUUGGUGGGUCUACUAAUGCUGUUUUGCAUUUAAUUGCUAUCGCUAGGUCUGUAGGUCUGCAAUUAACUCUUGAUGAUUUUCAGAAGGUCAGUGACCAAGUUCCUUUCCUUGCGGACCUUAAGCCUAGUGGCAAAUAUGUCAUGGAGGAUCUGCAUAAGAUUGGUGGAACACCUGCAGUAAUUCAUUAUCUUCUGGAGCAAGGUCUUCUUGAUGGUGAUUGUAUGACCGUCACUGGGAAAACUCUAGCGGAAAAUGCUAAAAUCUUCCCUCCUCUGUCCGAAGGACAGCAAAUAAUAAGGCCCCUGGACAACCCAAUCAAAUCAACUGGUCAUAUACAAAUACUUUAUGGCAAUCUUGCACCAGAAGGUUCUGUAGCAAAAAUUACUGGCAAAGAGGGGAUGUUUUUCUCAGGCCCUGCACUAGUGUUUGAGGGUGAAGAAUCUAUGAUUACAGCUAUAUCAGAAAACCCAGCGAAUUUCAAGGGGAAGGUAGUAGUGAUACGAGGAGAAGGACCGAAAGGUGGACCAGGGAUGCCUGAAAUGCUGACUCCAACUAGUGCAAUAAUGGGUGCUGGUCUUGGGAAGGAGUGUGCCCUGCUGACCGAUGGCAGAUUUUCUGGAGGAUCACAUGGAUUUGUUGUAGGCCACAUUUGUCCUGAAGCACAGGAGGGAGGUCCAAUUGGUCUUGUUCAAAACGGUGACAAAAUUACCAUUGAUGUUGUGAAGAGAGUAAUUGAUGUUGAACUGACUGAAGCUGAGCUGGAAGAAAGACGGAGGAAAUGGACGCCGCCGCCACACAAGGCUGCCCGUGGAGCGCUUUGGAAGUACACGAAGCUCGUGUCCCCUGCAUCAAGAGGAUGCGUCACCGAUGAGUAGAUCCUGCUGCUGCUGCUCGAGUAAUAAAAAAUAAAAAAUAAAAAAGAGGAGGAAUAGGAGGAGGUUUUUGAGGAACAGUUUGCAUGUAACAGUAGUUCAUGGUGGUGAUUGGUGAAGGCUGAUUGUGAUGGUAGUUCCCUUCAAUAAAAUGGCAGUUUCCUAGGUGCUCAAGCAAUGCCGAGGGAACUGCUUGCUGAAUAAUCCA